AUGGAGAAUAUAGCGCACAAUUGCUUAACUGAGUUGGUGGAAAGGUGUGUGGUUCAAGUGGGAAGAAGCGGUUCAACUGGGACAAUUAAAACGUGUCAGAUCCAUGACCUUAUAAGAGACUUCCAAGGCAACACCAGUGGGGCAAAUUCAAAGUCUUACAAUCUACUUGCAAGCAGUAACCUGAAGCGAUCUACUCUUGGCCAUUUACAGACCUUAGAUUUUCUUUCAAGCAGCGUGCUUAAUCGUAUCCAGAGGAGAUCAAGUUGUCGUCGUUUUGAGACUACCAAAUGGGAAUACUAG